AUGUUCUACAACAACAGAAGGGGAUACAACAACAAGAAAGGUAAUUUUAACAAUAGAAUAUUAGCGUUACAAAAUGUUAGGCCAGUACGAACUGCUGAAAACGUAGAACACCCAGCUGAUGAGAGAGAGAAUACCGGUGCAUCUAUUUCGGUAAUUAAGGAAGAACAAAUUCCUAAGUCGAGUGAAAUAUUUUACAAUAAUUUAAUAAUAAAUGGAAUCGGAGGAAAAAUCGAAGCUUCGAGUUAUGUUAUUUUAGACAUUUACAGUUCUAAAUAUGAUAAAUUUACGAGCAAGUUUUAUAGUUUCAAGAAUUUACCUAUCGCCGUUGAUGGAAUAUUAGGAUUAGAUUUUAUGACUAGAUAUAAGGCUAAAAUAGAUUUAGAAAAUAGUUUACUGACGCUGAAAAUUGAUAGUAAGCAUUGUAUUUUACCGAUUUUCGAUAAACCUGAUUAUAGCAACUCGUUAGUACUCGCACCUCGAAGUGAGUCUAUACAUUACGUGUAUUUAAAUAAGGAAGUGGAAGAGGAUUGUUUUGUGUGCGCGAGAGAGAUAGAAAAGGAUGUAUUUUUGGCAGGAACUAUUGUUCAACCGAAAAAUAAACGCGUUCCAAUUAAGAUUUUAAAUACUAGAGAUGAGGAAAUAAGAUUAAACAAUUUUACUUUAGAUGUGGAACCUUUGAGAGAGUAUAACAUUUUUAAAUUUGGUCAAUGUAAAAGUAGCUCCAAUAGGGCUAAAUCUUUGUUACCUUUAUUAGAACUUAACCAUUUAAACAAUGAAGAGAAAGAAUCUAUUGAAAGCAUUUGUUCUAAAUAUUCUGAUAUUUUCUUCUUACCAGACGCCUCAGACUUGGCUGUAGGAGCUGUGCUGUGUAAUAAAAAUAGAAAACCUAUAGCUUAUGCUAGUAGACCAUUAAAUAAAGCUGAAAAGAACUAUCCCGUAAUAGAAAAAGAAUUAACAGCAAUAGUGUGGGCAGUUAAAUAUUUUAGACCCUAUCUAUUUGGCAGAACUUUUACUAUCAUGACCGACCACAAACCUUAG